AUGGACGUGUGCGCGUGCGUAACAUUAAAGCCCUGGUCCGAGCCCCCCCUCCCCGGCAUCUGCCUCGCGACCCCCACGUCGGCCAGCUUCGCAACAAGCCCGACUUCCGUUGCGAGGUUGAACAUCGCCUGCGCGGCGCCAGCGAAUACCAGCGCUGCCGCCAGGCCGCAGCGACAAGAGGCGUCGCUCGUGGCGUCGUGGAGGAAGGCGCGCGUCGCCAGACCGGUGGUGCUCAGUGCCAGCGCGCAGGUGCAGGCUGCUCCCCGGGUGUCCGCACGCUCUGUAGCGGUCAAGGCAUCAGCAGGCGCCGCCGACGAGGCGGGCACCAAGUACCACUUCGUGGUGGCGAACGCGACGUUCAUGCUGGACGAGGAGGAGCACUUCCAGGAGCAGCUCAAGGAGCGGCUACGGUGGCUGAACGAGAAGGGCAUGGAGCAGAACUUCUGGCUCGUCUUCGAGCCCAAGUUCCUCGAGGAGUUCCCCGAGAUCGCCAAGCGCGUCAGGAGACCCGCCGUCGCGCUCGUCUCCACUGACGCCACCUGGAUCACGUUCAUGAAGCUGCGUCUGGAUCGCGUGCUCAAGGGCGAGUUCGAGGCGAGCUCACAGGACGACGCAUUGGAGGGCAAGCCCUUCGACAUCACCUUCCCCAAGCCCGCCAACUGGGUUGCGCCCUAUCCUAAAUACGAGCCCAACUGGUGGAAUCCCUAUGCCCCGGCCAAGUAUGCCAAGGCCAACUAA